AUGCUACCCGGCACAAACCACGCCCGAGCCAUAGCCCGCUCAGGCGUCGACUGGAUCUGCAUCGACACCGAACACGGCAACAUCUCCGACUCUGCCAUGCAUGAAGCCGUCGUCGCCAUAGCCAAAGAAGGCGUCAGUCCCAUUGUGCGUGUUGCUGCAAACGAGGCUUGGAUGGUCAAACGCGCCCUAGACGCCGGCGCCCACGGCAUAGUAGUCCCCCUUAUAUACACCCUAGACGACGCAAAACGCCUCGUCUCCUCUGCCAAAUUCCCUCCAGAAGGAACUCGUGGUUUCGGCUCCCCAAUGCCUGUCCAAUGCUUCAACAAUGAGCCGCUGACAUACUAUCUCCAACAUGCAAACUCUUCACUCCAGACUAUUGUACAAAUCGAAACUGCAUCCGCACUAGCCCAGGUUAGAGAAAUCGCUGCUUUACCGGGUGUAGACUGUUUGCUCAUUGGCCCCUUUGAUCUGGGGAACAAUAUUGGAAGGCCAAUCAUGGGGGAGAUGCAUCAAGAGUUGAAGGAUGCAAUCGAAUCCAUCAAAGACGCGGCGCAUGCAGAGGGCAAGAAGGUGGGCAUCUAUUGUGGAGGCGGAGAUCAGGCGAGGGACUAUGCGGCGCGGGGUUUUGACCUGAUCAGUAUAUUGACAGACCAGCCAGCCUUGACAAGUGCAUUUGCGCAGAGUCUUGCCGUGGCUAGUGGUAAGGUCGAGGGCAGUGGGGAUACGAGUGUCAAGGGAUAUGAUGGCAAAUGA